AUGGAUGUCAAGCUGAAGAUAUCAUCAAACGAGGUCGAAGCAUUACUAUUCCUCACACGGCCAGAGAUCCUGGCGGAGUUAAUAACCCUGAUCACAGAGGAGCCUCCGCGGAAUGUGGAGCUCGCAAUGCAGUAUCGGCACGCGAACAUGGCGUGCGAGGUGCUCACCAGCCACCUGUCCAUGCUCAGCGACCGGCUGUCCCUAGGCGAGGUGCAGAUGCACAGACUGUGUGACUUCCUGCUGCGGGAUCCGCCUCUCAACCCACUGCUGGCGUCCUACUUCAGCAAGACUAUAGAGAUGUUGCUUAUCGGAACCCAAAAACAGGACUGGUACCUGUACCAUAUAGUGUGCUUGCGGGUGUUGGACUUUUUCCGUUCCCGUCGCGACUUCCUGCCGAAUCUGUUGAAGCACAUCUCCACAUCUGCCAUCGCAGACAUCUUCAAAUACUUCAUCAGGCUGGACCAGUUCAGUGAGAUUGUGCUGGAGUGGUUAGACGAGCACCAGUUCCUGGACGCGUUGAUCCAGAUCAUCUGCGGCUCGUACGUGCCCGAGGAGUUGGAGUCGAGCGGCGGCAGUGCCGGCCGCCUCAGCCACGCCGGCGACGAGCACAACCACGACGACAGCGACGCCGCCGCCGACGCCGACACCACCCAGCGCACCACCGCCACCACCACCGGCACCACCACCGCCACCACCACCGGCACCACUACCGCCACCACCACCGGUAGUGACACGGCACACGCCGAUACAGAGGGUCGCGGCCGGCGAGCGGCGAGCGCGGUGGAGGUGGUGGGCGCGGUGCGCACGGCGGUGCGGGUGCGCGGCGGCGGCGGGCAACGCGGCCGCGUUUCCUCACCGAGCUCGUGCUCACCGCCUGCGCGCCCGACGGCAGCCCCGCCAGGGCGCGUUCACGGCGGGCGGGCGCGCGCGGCGGACGCGCUGGUGCACGCGUGCCGCGCGGUGCGUGCGCUGCUGCAGCUGCCGCUGCUGCCCGACGUGCCGCACGCGCCCGACGCGCCGCAAGCGGAGGAGGAGAGCGCCGAUGAUCAGGUGGACGUUGAGUUAGCGGUCGCACCGCACCUGCCCUUAUUGCACAACGCGUUGCUAAGGGACCCGCAGCGCGACCUCGACGACGAGGAAUCAGACGGCGAUAAGGGGAAGUCAGUAGAGUCAGAGAGCGAGGGUGACAAAGAAGCGGAGACAGGCAGCAAGAAGAAGGUGGUGGGGCAGGCGCGGGUGGAGGUGGCCGCGCUACUGGCGCAGCUCGCGCGCGCCGCGCGGGACGAGGUCUGCUGCACCAUGCUCACGCUCGGCACGCCGGGCGUCCUGCUCGACAUGUUCUUCGAGUACCCGGACAACAACUUCCUGCACAGCGAGGUGGCCGCGUUCAUCCGCAACGCGCUCGAGAACCCUCCCUACCGCACGCAGUACGCGCGACAUCUCGUGCUGGAGUGCGACAUGCUCACGCGGCUCAUGGAUGCUUUCGAGGAGAAUGAGAACAAGAGGCCCGGCGCGGGCCGUGCGGAGGGCAGCCCGCCGCCGCGCGCCGCGUACAUGGGGCACCUGGUGAGCGCGCUGCGCAGCGCGGCGGGCGCGGCGCCGGCGCUGCCGCCCGCACUGCCGCCCGCGCUGCAGCAGCGCUGGGCCGCCUUCACCGACCACACGCUGCGCCCGCUGCUGCACCACCACGACACGCCGCUGGGCGGCUAUCAUCCCCCAGAAAUCAUUUACAAGUUGGAGAAUAUGGAGGGCAUUAUUGCGUCCAACUACGAUUUCGGGUGCGACAUGGCGGCGACCGCCAGCAUGGACGAGCUCGCCGACGAACUGAACGCCGACUACAUCAACGAACUCAAUAUGGGAGGCGGCAGCGAGGGCCUGGAGUCGCCGGAGUUCGUGGCGGACGGUCUCGGGCUCGACGCGGACAAGAUGGCAGUCGCCAAGAACAACUUCCUGGAGCUCGCCAACCAGAGGUUCGAUGACGACAUGUGGGACGAGGCGCCGGAGGGCGACGACCUCGACGAAGGUGAGGAGGGCGACGCCGCGGGGGGAGAGGGGCCGGAGGGGGGAGUGGGCACCGCCGUCGCCGUACACCACGUACUCGCGCAGCCAUCACCGUGGGAGUCGUCAGGCGGCGGGGGCGGGGCGCCGUGUGCGGAGGGCUGGGCGUCGUUCGGCGCGGAGGGCGCGGAGGGUGCGGACGCGUUCCCUCCCGACGACGACUUCGCCGCCUGGCCGCCGCUGCCGCGCCGAGACGACACAUCGGUCGCGGAGUUGGAAUGUGGCGUGCGUUCGCUGAGACUGGAGCGGUCCUCCCCUCCCGCGGACGACCCUUCGUCGGUGGAGCUCACCAACAACCUGCUGACAGCCAUGAGCGCCAUGUCGCCGGACGCCAUCGCCAACAUCGUCAACGCCAACAUGACGCCGUUCCCGGUGGCGGAGGCGACGGGCGCGGCGCCUGCGCAGUCCCCGGCGGCGGUGUCGACGACGGUGGCCGCGGCGGCGCCCGCGCCGGCCGGCGGCGAGGCUGCGCGGCGGUGAUGCGGCUGCGCGGCGCCGCGCCCCGGCUAGUCGCGCCACGGACACGCGCCCGCACGCGCCCGCACGCGUCCGCAUGCGCACGCACGCGUGUGUUACAUUGAGAUGUAAACAUUUUGUAUGACGUACAGUUGGCGACUCAUUCCCUGUCGUUCGGUUGGAGUGUGUAUGUCGUGACUGUCGGUGUGCCCUCCGUUGUAUAUAUCGUAAGACUACCGCCCAGUGUUGCACGGAGUUCCUGUACGAGGUUGUUCACGCUCCCCCAUAUAUUUGCUAAACGAAUUGUACAAAAUUGUCAAUGUUUCAUAUACUUGUAACCUAUAAUAGUUGAAUAUCCAUUGUGUAUCCAUAGUUGUUGAUAUGUGAACAGUCUGAACUGCGACGUGUGUUAGUGUUAUUGGGUUUCCGAGUGUAGUGAAACCCGACAUGAGGAGCCGCUAGAGCAAAAACGGUGUGCAAACUUGAUUUAAUAAGACUGUAAAAAUCUUAGUAUUUUUUUAAUAUUAGUGUAUAAAAUCGAUUGGGCUUAUAAUUAAGCUUUUAAAUUAUAACCCUUAUUACAAACUAAAUAAGGAUUUGUUAUAACCUGUACUUGCUUAGCACUGGUUAGACCGUUGUUGCACUCGCGGCCUCGAUAUAAUUAGCACGAGCUGUAUUCAUGUUUAUAGUCCGAGUGUGCAAUCAUUACAGCAGAUUGAUUUUCAAGUGUCGAUUUGCAUUUUGUACCCUGUGAUAGAACCACUCGUGUCAACUACAUCACUAUGUUUAAGUUAUAUUCGAUGUAAUCACAACACUACGUCAAACGAUUCAAAACACCGAAUUUAUAUGAGAUACAACGAUCGGGAGAUAUGUAUGUAUAUAAGGUAAGUGUUAACGGCGGUUAUCGAGCUUUGCUCAUCCCUAACGUGUAUAUCGUGUAGGUAUUUAUUUGUCACCUCACUAGAGGGCUGUCACCCGACAAACUAUCGAGCUUUCUUUUGCAAUAUGUUUUAUAUUUAUAUAAAGGUAUUUUAUGAGACAACGCACUGGGACCAGACAUAUAAAGUGCUAUCGAUUUGUGCAAAUGCAUGUGAUGUAUUAUUAUAUUUAAUUCGGAUCCGCCCACGACAGACCAAUGUGUUCGGCGAGGAACUGAUCACUCGACCGUUGGUCAGCAGACCCCCACAAGAUGUGAAUGUUCCUUGAAGUCGCUAUGACGUGUUGUCUGCGAUCGUGCGCACUCAAAGUAGGUCCCGUUGUCUGCCAAAUAAUCAUUCCCUAUGAUUUUGUAUAAAAAUCAUUGUCGAAUUGGAUGAAAUUAAAUAAAUUAAGUGCUUUUAGUUUGUAAUUAAGAUAUAGUUAUCGAUAUUAAAUUUUAUCGAUAAAUGAAAUGUUAAAUAUCGAUAUGUUCAUUAUCUAUUGAAGAGAAUUGAUAAAGUCAAUUCGAGAGUUUUAAUGAUUAUGGUCGUUUUAUAUUCUACUUAAAAAUUGUAUUAUGCCUUGAAUAUGAGCCUCAAAUUAACUUGAAUCGAAGCGCUGUGUACGUGUUAAAUGACUGCGUCGAAAUGAUUUAGAGAGAAAAAUUAUGGAUUUAAAAUCGUCAAUGAAAUAACUUUAGCGUUUAUGUAGUCGAUAUAGUUCAGUGGGGUGUUCAGUGUCGCCGGUGCCGACGUCACACGUCGUACUAACUUGCGUUGCCGGUCGUUAUUGUGUGGCGGCACGACGGAGUGCGCUCUCACUCGAUCCAUAUCCAUAAUUAUAUCAAUAACAUAUCGGCACUGAGACGAGACACGCUGGGUGGAUAUUACGAAAAUCUGUAGUUUCGAUUCUGUUAUAGAGAAAGGUGUGAGUGUAUAUUUGUUAAACGGAUGUAUUGCAACAUUAAUUGAAAUGUUCCAAAUUUUGUUAUUACUUUAAGAUUUUUUAUAUUUGUUGAAAAAAUGUGCUAUCAGGCAAAAUAUAUUGGAUUUUCAAUUACGUUACUUCGUUUUUCGGAAUAGCCAUCCCAAACAGACCGCGCGAGCGCUCUUCGUUCUGCUGACUUUCUAUACAAAAACAAAUGUUUGUUUGGCUGUUCGUAUACUGCACGCCACAGCGGUCGAUAUUAUCUAUAUACUAUCGAUAAAACUGAACGCCACUAGAGUGCUUGUGGUUCAUUGUUAGUUAGGAUAAUAUAGUUAGUUUCAAAUCAAGUGUUGAGAGAAUAAGAGCGGAAUUUUUAUUUUUUUUUACAUGCGCAGAGUUGUAUAUGAUCUCAUCUGUUUUCGCGCAGUCCAGUGUAGUUAUCGCUUGCUGACCCCUUAGUCGAUAUUAUAACCGUGAAUUAUAUUUUACAAUGUUAUCGGUUCCGUCGAUUGAAUAAGAAGAGUCGCCACAGUGGCACGCGUCGGAGUCAGUCGGUGUAGUAUAUUGUUACAUGAUGCCGAAUCGCGAGACUUAUACUAUCCCACUAUGUUCCCACUGGGUGUUAUAAUCGGAACGUAUACCGGGUACACUCCUACAAUCGAGUUUUAAUUGUAUUAUCUCGAUAUGAAUUGUUUAUAAAUUCGUCCUCUUCCAUGUUACAUUAUCUUCGGACACGUUACGUUAAGUUUAUCUUAAUGUGGAUAUUACUUUGUACCAAGUAUAUUGUAGUUUCGCGUUGUGCGGCGACUGUUGUUUCCAAUCGACUGACUUCUAUAAAGCUAACGUCGAUGGGUCUGAGUUCGACUUAUAAAAACCCUUGAGAAUUAUCACAUUGGUAGACGAAGUUGCUUUAUAAAUGUCAGCUUACAUGUUGGACAUAUCCGAGGUAUAUCAAUAGGUUAACGUUCAGUUUGUGUGUAAAGGUGUCACUACAAUAGUGGCCCGCGUUCGACGCCUACUGUGUGGAGAUUUGAAUCAAAUCAAACAGGCGUUUAUUUCGAAUGUUCUUGUUUAUUGCAUUGUCUUAUUUCUUACCUCGUUACUUAAAUGUUAUCAAUUAGUUAUAAAUAGAUGUUAUCCCAUUAUUUGUUGGCAUAUACUGAAUUAGAAUGUGGAUUGCAUUUGAGUUAUGAAAGGGUUUAUUUAGACGAUGUCAUUUAAAAGCGCAGUGUGCAUGUUUAUCAAAUUCGACAUAUUAUUUAUUCUGCACGACAUGUCCACACUAUGCAUGCUGUCAGCUGAUCGCUUUGUAAUCUAAAACAGCAUCGUCUAUAUGAAUCUUAGAGCGCAGUCUGUCAGGUGGGACAUUUUGGGCGUGUAUUGAGCGAUUAUUGUACAAGUGUAUUGUGUAGAUGAACGAGUUCUGUCCGCAUCGCCGGGCUCGCCUGCGUGUUGUGAACUCACCCAACGUAUCCGUCGCCGAGACAUUUCAAGUUCAACCCGACAUAUUGUGAACUCAUAUCGUAUUGUUUAGUUGCACACGCGUGCAGUACAUUCAUAUUUCCAAGGAACAAAUUUUAGUGUUUACUUAAUUUUUAUAACAAUCUUGCGUAAGGCUUUAUUUUAUCAUUAUAUCACUUGCGCCGCUCGGCGUAUAACAAUUAUGUUUUUAUUGAGGUGAGGUAUCGGCAUUAACUUGAUUGCUAGCUGUUGAACAUGCAGAAAUAUAUUACGAGCUACUUUACUAGGGGAGCUGUUUACAGUUGAUUACAACAAAGCAUAAUUGUAGUCUGUGCCUUUUACCACGAUUUCGUCAGGAAUAGUUAUAUGCCGAUACCUGUACUAGUAGAAUGUAGUUGUGAAGUGUUUGUGCGCCGCGGCACAUGUGUUGUGGCGUCCCUCGCGACGGACGGACGCAUGUGACGCGGAGGGCGGCGCCGCUCGCCCCCCCCCCCCCCCGCACCUCCCCCGCGCCUCCUCACGCAGCCUCACUCGCUAGCGUCACCUACUUCUAUAUAUUGAAACAAAACACCUGCAGCCAGAUAUUGUGGCCAAGUUAGAUUCGUCUUCGUCUUACUAUAAAGUUAAGUUCACCCGUUUCGUAUAUAUAGCUUGUCUGAUCGCAUUUUCUGAAUGUACCCUUUAUAUUUUUCAUUUGCCACGUUGUGUCCCUCGUCGAGUGGAAGGCGAUCCAUACUUAUUCAUGCUUUAAGUCUCGCUAGACGCUGGAGCGCGGGCGCGUCGCCCGAACGGUGCUAAUGUACGCUAUGAGUACAGCAACUAGAUAUUGUCAAUAUGUGAUACGACCGCCGGCCCCUCUGCUUCCGAUUGGAACUGUUGAUCAAUAAUAUAUGUGGUCACGUUUCUUUAGUUCAAUUUUAGAUGUCCCGCUGCUAAGCAAAAAGUAACGUGGAAUUAAUUGAUACUAACCCAUUAAUCAUUGAGUGCAGGUAAAGGGGACCUUAAAGGAUUUCUAGUAGUAGCUAUUAGGAUGUAAAUGAAGUGAGUUCGGGUUCCAUACAAUGAACGUUAUAUUAAAAAUGCAUAGAGUCUGUCGAAGCGGCGCGGGACGCGCGGACGUAUCGCCAUUGAAUUUUAGGAAGACUUGUUAGCACCAAUGUUUUAUAUGUAGCUAAUUAUUGUAGGGAUGUGGACUACAAAAUAUAUAUUGUUUCAUGAUUAUAAGCAGCGUACAAAGACCGGACAAACAUUUAACACAUGGUAAUUUCAAAGCUAUAGAACUUGAGGUAGAUAUUUUGAAGGAAAUUGUAUGGUGUCCCGCCUCACAGAUUUAUGUAUUGCCGCCGAUAUGACAUUUAUUUAAAACGAAUGUUUAAACUCUUAUAAUCAUUGUCAAUGUCAUUAUUAAAAUUGUUUAUUCUGCAUUAAAUGCUCGAAUUUUUAAUGUAUAUAUUUGAAUAAUAAAGAAUUGUCUACAUCCCUAUUCGAGAUACGUUGUUUGAAUACGUUUGUGAGAUGUCUUCCUAAAAUCCACACGUAGAUUAGUAAGCUUUGAAUUAUUAGUGCAAUCGUUGCCCCCCGCGGGACGCUGUCAAAUGUAUUUAACUAGGCGAUUGAUAUCCGCGUGUAUAGAUUCAAUUAUACCUCUUUGUAUAUAAUGCAACAAGUUCCAUACCAGUGCAGACUGCAAUUAUAAAGAGUACGCGCGCGUCUCUCGCGUGGACCAAUCAGAAGAGCCGCUGCGCGUGCGCACCUCACUGACACUAGCAAGUGUAGCCAAUUGUAUUAGGGUUUUAUAUAGUAAACUCGUUUUGUUGCCUGUCUUAUGAUGUAAACGAAUAUUAUUGCUAAGGAAUAUAACUUGUAUUUGGAAUUGCUUAGUGUUAUUAUAACAUUUGUUUUACAUGAUUUGUUAUUACCUGCGGGUCUAAAUAGGCCUCUUCAGGAGAUGUUAAGAAUAACAUACUAAGUUUGUAUAACAAUUUUAACAAUAACACAUUUAAUUUAUGUUAUAUACCUAAUACUUUAAGUAAGUAACGUAGUAUAGUAUUGCUACGGAAGUAUGAUCUGUGUAUCUGGUAUCAUCUAUGGGACAGGUGAGAAAGCGAGUAGUAGUGCUAGCGUGCGCACUCUCUACUUACAGAAUAUUGUGAUAUCAGUUCGACUCUACCUUCUGCUAACUGCGACCGUCCUCGAUGUUAUGCUUCAUAGGUUUAAACGACGCGUGUCGCCGUCUGUGUCAAAUUAAUGUCUGGAAUACACACGCUAGAAUAAAACGUCACACUUUCGGACUAAAGUCACUUAUUGUCGUUGAUCAAAAGGAGCGUGUUUGCGCGCCAGCGUUCGGAUAUUGGCAACGGAAAUGGAAUAGUUUUGGUAGCGUGUGUAUUCUACUUCGCCCACUGGAGUGACAUUUUUACUAAUGAAGACUUAUUUUGAGUAAUAGUGUAACGGGCCCGGGACAGUGGCGCGUCGACGGCAGUUUCUACAUUUCUACAAGGAAAUAUUCCUCUUGUCAAUAACUUUUUUGAUAUAAACUAAACUAUAGCGUCUCGAUAGACGCGCUGAGUGAAUCAGUAGAACAAUCCCGCACCGUUGCAGUGUUUGCGUAUGUACAAAUAUUUUGUAUUCUAAAGUGAAGUAGCGCAUGCGUACUGCGCGCGGGGGCGUCCGCCAGCAUGUAAACGUCUUAGAGGUCUAUGGCCAUUUUAGUUAAAUUAAGCGAGAAGAGAAUUUGCUAACAUCAAUUUGUUAACAUCAUCCGUAUUGCGUCUUUCCAUUAAUUUAGCUGAAGUGGCGUUUACAUUCGGAAUGGUUUUAAUGUGUCGGAUGAGCCGCGCGUGGUGCGCUGGCGCCGGUGUGUGUGCGGGCGCAUAAUGUCCGCAGAUAAACGAGAACUGUGCCUUCCGGGCGCUGGCGGCGCGGCGACGUCCCCCCGCCCCCCGCCCCCCGCCCCGUCAUCAGUCUCCGUGCCAGACACGCCCGAGACAUAAUAAAAGCUCGUAAUGUAUUCUAUUGUAUUAUAUCAUAGUUAAAAGUUUUAUUAAAAAAGUUGCUCAAUA